UAGUAUUCCAAUAAUUUACUUCCCCCACCCUCCUGUGCAGCGCCAAAAUACCAGUCAUGGUAAUGGAAGAGGGUUCGUCUUCUGCGUCUCCACCGCCAUCCGAUUCCAAUCCGACGGCCAGUGGCGCCGCAGCCAAUUUCCUCACUAACCUUCCUUCUCGCGGACUCUUCUCUUCCACCGUUUCCUCUCCUAAUUUGCUUUUGCAGGGUGGGAUGCGAGUUUACAUCUGUGAUCAUGAGACAGCACCCCCAGAGAACCAAGUAAUAAAGACAGAUCAGAUGAACAUAUUGAUCAGAUCACUUACUUUAAAGAAGCAACAGAGUGAUGUUGCUGAUAGCUCAAAAAAGAGAGCAUCUGACAGACCUGCUGAUGCAAGAACUCCAGCUAAGAGAGCAAUGACUAACAGCCAGAACAAUGCUCGACAGGGUGGAUCAAGUAGUCGUGCUGCAGAUAGGAAUUUUCAGGGUUUGACAGUGGAGAGGCUCCGGGCCCUUUUGAAGGAAAAAGGACUUUCACUCAAAGGGAAGAAGGACGAACUGAUUGAACGGCUGCGGAGUGCCAAGUAAAUGAUUCAACACUUUAAUUAGAGAGAGAAGUAAAAACUGCUUGUUAAAAAGUCCAGACACAGGCGCCAGGGAGUUCAUCAACAGUGCAACUUUGAACCGAUGAAGUUGAUCAUAUAGAAGGUUAUAUUAUUGGGUGUAGCAAUAUGUGCUCUUUUAUACUUUUUGUUCUUUUGGUGCAUAUAUCAUGUAUUAUGGAUGUGAGUUUUGUAUUACAGCUAUUUCCAUGAACUUCUGCUAAAUAUAAGAUUCAGUGUUUUAUUGGCCA